AUGGCGGAAAAAAUGUAUUAUUGGGGCGAGGAGAAAGAUCAGGUCGAUCCCGAUCAGACCUUCAUAGAGUUCAAGGCCAAGUUGGUGGGGACGGAGAAGAGACGCGAAGCGUCCCGCUCCGUGCCGAAGAUGACGGUGUCCUCGCCACAGGGGAAGAUGACCGAGAUUACCGAAAACCGAGAGCAGGACGCCGAACGCGGUGGUUGGGACAACAAACUCGACUUCCUGUUCUCUUGCAUAAGCGUUUCCGUGGGCUUGGGAAACGUCUGGCGGUUCCCUUACCUUUGUUACAAAAACGGCGGCGGUGCUUUCUUGAUUACAUACGGCAUCGCGAUGCUGUUCUGCGGAAUCCCUAUAUUUUUUCAAGAAGUCGCUAUCGGACAAUACCUCGGAGCUGGCGGAAUGUCGUUAGUGGGCGAACUAUGCCCCCUUUUGCAAGGUGUGGGGUAUGCCACGAUGACUAUUGUAUUCUUCCUCGACGUGUACUAUUGCAUAAUUAUCUCCUGGACACUUUUCUACCUCAUAAGCACGUUUGUGAAUAUACCCAGAGUACCUUGGAGCGGAUGUAAAAAUUGGUGGAACACGGACGAUUGUUUCGAUGCGGCCGAAGAGAGCGAUGGUAUGCACGGAAAAACGAACUGCACGAUUUCUGGAAAUAAUACCUGCCACCACACCACACCGGUGGAAGAAUAUUGGGAGCAACGAGUUCUCGGCAUUACCUCCGGCAUUGAGUCCAUCGGCAAUAUCCAAUGCGAGCUACUGGGCUGCCUAAUUGUCGGCUGGCUGCUCGUUUACUUUAUCAUCCGGCGUGGUCUUCAUCAGAGCGGUAAGAUCAUCUGGUUUUCAGCCUUGUUCCCGUACGUGGUGCUUUUCAUUCUUUUGGGAAGAGCGGUGACGUUGGAGGGUUCCUACGACGGUUUGCUCUACUAUGUGACGCCGCGAUGGGAGGAAUUGCUCACGCCCGGACCAUGGAUAGACGGCGCUACCCAGAUCUUCUUCGCUUAUAGUAUUGGCACCGGUGCCCUGCCCGCCUUGGGCUCCUACAACAAGUUCCACCAUAAUUGUUACAGAGACGCAAUAAUCACUUGCGUAGUCAACACCCUGACGUGUCUUCUGGCCGGUUGCGUAACCUUUUCGAUACUGGGUCACAUCGCCCAGGAACAACAAACGCAGGUGUCCGAGGUCGUCAAGAGCGGGCCUGGUCUUGUGUUCCUCACGUAUCCCGAGGUCGUUCUCAAGCUACCCGGUGCUUCGUUGUGGGCCAUUAUAUUCUUCGUUAUGCUGCUCAUACUCGGUAUCGAUAGCGAAUUUUGCAUCGUGGAGUCUUUUAUAACGGGCAUGGUCGACUACUGGCCGGAUCAACUUCGUCCUCACAGAAUCAAGUUCACCAUCGCUAUCUGCUUGGUAAUGUUCGGCCUGGGAAUUCCGAUGAUCACGAACGGCGGGAUUUACAUUUUCCAACUGAUGGACUUUUACUCCGCGAGCGGAAUGUCUAUUCUGUGGGUGUGCUUCUUCCAAACGAUCGCUAUUUCAUGGAUCUUCGGAGCGCAAAAAUUCUGCGAUUGCGUGCAUCAGAUGAUGGGAAUUCGAUUGAACAAGUUUUGGUAUAUAUCCUGGGUCCUACUCGCACCGAUCAUCAUGGCUUUCAUCUUCGUGUUCCAAUGUGUGCAGUAUAAACCGCUCAAAUACGGCAAUGAUUACGAGUAUCCGACGUGGGCAGAAAGAGUUGGUAUGUGCCUGAGUUUCUCAUCUAUGAUGUGGAUACCGGCGUAUGCGAUAUCUUACGUAUUAGUUACACCAGGAUCGAUUAAGGAGAACAUCCUAAAGGGUUUGCAGCCUAAUAUCAAAUCGCACGCGAAGUUACCGAAAGGCGAUAAGUCGGCCGUGAUACCAAUGUCGGAGAGUAGCGCAGGUUUAAUCACGAAAAAUAACAGUUUCCUGAGUCAAACAUGAUUGGCGCUAGCGAUCACUUUUAACUCGUGUUAGGUUACAUUUAUCUUAAAAAUAAUAUUUAUAGAUAAGAUAAAUAUAUAUAUAUAUAUAUAUAUAAGUGAGUCCACACGCGACUGGGCGUUCAGUAGUAAUUUGUGUCAAAGUGGACGCGUGUCAAAUCGAAUUUAGUUUUCAUCAUCUCGUAUGCUCAGUUCCGCAGCAAUCGUCACACUAUUAUUUAUUUAACGAUAAGUCGUAUAGUUUAACGUUCAUUUAUUGACGUGUUUCUGCUAAGAAUGUCAAAGAUUCCCCUUAAUUCUUUAAUGGCUGGGAUUAUGAUCGUUUCGAUAUUGAGACAAUUUCGAGAAUUCUUUUAUUUAUUGAGUUUCUUUACUUGAAAAAAAGCAGGGUUUAUUUUUUAUUUCCUUCUCAUUUUUUAAUUAUACUGCCCAUGCGAAAGAAAACUACAAGAAUACUGGUAAAAAUUAUUAAUGGAAAAAAUUACUGAUAUACUAUGAGAAGAACAAUAGAUUUUUAAUAGUAUAUUAAUAUUUUUUCGUAUUCUUGUAUUUUCUCUCCGUACAUAUACGACUAUAUUUAUAGUAAAAAUAAUUAUCUCGUAAAUCGCGCUUAAAAUCCAUCGAAUUUUCCGUUAACACAUAACAACUCGUUCUAGCCGUUAAAGUUUUAGGGUGGAGAAUUUCGACUGACGAGAAAUUUACACGAGGGAUCGCGAUUCAAUGAUUCGUAUGUGUUGACCAAGCCGAUAAGAUACUCCGACAAGCCGAUAAAUAAAGAGCGUAAUAAGCAUCGGAAGCAGGGCGAUGGGGGGAGGGGGGCGGGGGAGAGUGUACUUUAGAAAUAAUAAUAGUAUACCGCGCUAGUAUUCAAAUAUCUAUUUAUGGGGACAAUUUAAAAGAAGUAUAUUUUUAUAUCGCGAUCACAUCGCGAUAAUUAUAUGAAUUUUUAACGGAGAGAUCGUUUGGUUGAUAAUUCGACUGGUUUAAUGGAACUCACGUUGACGAAGAUCUCUCAAGUUCUCGCAUCGGGAAGGAUCUCCCGCGCGCGCGAGCUCUUGAAGAAAGCGAAUAGGAAACGUUCUCUCCUGUGAUCGCGCUCGCAUCCACUCCAAGUGGUGGUGCAACUGGCGAGGUGUUCACACGAUCGAAGACUCGUCCUCCCGGCGGAGCGCAUCGAGGGGUUCGCAGCAGCUCUACGAAGUAACAUAGAAGCAUAGCGCGUAGAAUAAGUAUGGAUAUACUGGCAGUUACUAAAAUAUACUCAAUACAUACCGAAGUACAAGUAAAGUGACGUAAAAGUCUAAUUUUUGCUACUCGCGUUCGAAUCUCGAAGUGACUCUGUGCGCUCGCCGGGACUAGCCGAAUCUCCGAUUUCAACCAGUCGCAAUAAUCAACUGGACCGUAGCAAGAAAUACGAGAUAUUUCUAUUGACAAAGUUUUAGCAGUUUAUACUGCAUUCGACUCUUCGACAGCACAAAUUUUCGAGAAUGUUUCCUUUUUCUACGUGUUUCACAUUUAUAAAGCGUGCAUUUUGAUGACGCGUGACGCGAUUGUAAUGACGUGUUUAUGAUGUGACGUACGUACGGUUAAAGCGAAGUAUCAUUUUCACCAUUGUUUUUACGUGACUGGAAAUUCAAUUUUCUUUCGAAGAACUCGAUUUCUUCGUGCCAACUUCCGUUCCAGGUUUAUAGCAAAUAUUUCUUUAAAGGCGCAAAAAGUGCAAAAGGGCGAUUGAAGUUUGCAGUUGACGUCACAAACGACAAGCAUUUGGUGUCUGAGGACACGUCUAACAGUAUUUGAUGAAACUGAUGUUACAUUUAGAGAGUAUGUUAGAAUUAUUCGAAAGAUACUUUUAUUCUGUAUGCGAUGUUAUCCUGUUUAAUCUUCUGAAGCAGAGUUUUAAUCUAUUUGAUCGAUUCGAACGUCAAGGUAUCCUUUGCGAAAAUUCGCCACUGUACAGAGAGAGAGAGAGAGAGAGAGAGAGAAAGCGUAAACUUAAUUUUCCUUACUAUUAUUUCUAAUGCAUUCUUUAUAUCACUCGUUAAUAUACGAUUAUUCCGCGUUUUCAUUUCCCGACGCACACGUAAAAGUGUUUUUUGUUUUCGAAGGACUCUCACGUAUUUCGCUCGAAACACAAAAGCAAUAACGACACACAAUACGAGGUGAGCGCUUCUUUAAAAACCGGCCUAAUUCAGUGCAGUAUUUCUCCUUUGUUUAGCCCGUAGGGUACUCUUAAUCGCGUACGCUAUUCAUCGAAGUGUUGCAAUUGUUGACGUUGUACAAUACUGAGAAAUGGCUGAUAGCUUAACGCGACGUUCGUUUCUAUUUUAGUACCAUCAUUGUUGUGACGCAAAGUACUUCCAAUAGUAAAGUUAAGAAGCGAGCGAUAUUAUAAGCCAGUUGGAUCUGUUUGCGUUGAACAACAUGCAUUCAUAAAGAAAAAAAAAUAUACGGUACGAUUGGUUUGUAAUUGCGUUUCGACAGAAUUACGAUAUGUAUUUAAAAGUGGCUCGAGACUCGACGACGAUAGUUUCGCGAACGAACGACGGCGCAUCGAAACGUGGCGUUCGCACGUGCCGGCCGCGAAUCGAGAAUUUCGUUAUUAAUCGACGAAUUAUCCAUUGACACGCGAACAUACGUAAGAGGAAGAUUCUUUCACACCCAUCUCACGAGAGCAAAAGACAACCCUGCGACCGUAUAUGUAACGUUACAAACACACUUGUUCAACGCAAUGAUAAGCAUAAUAAACAUGUUUCCACGUGACUGUAUCUCUUGUAGGUGAUUCAAUGUGACGUACAAGCACAACCGUGUGGUGUGUCAGCAUAAAUUUCACACGAUCGUUUAUUUGUUUCACGGUGAUAUCUGCGCGUAUAUUUGUGCGCGCGCGUGAUCGCCGAGCCGUUUGGCCGGUCGACGCGGGUAAUUCGAUUAAUAAUGGCUCUACGAACCGGUGUUUGCAGUUAGAAGAAUUCGUACAAAGAAUUAAGUGUUGCACGAAUUAUAUUUCUAUAUGCACAUAUAUAUAUAUAUAUAGAUAUAUAUAUUACGUGCUCGUUUUAUACGGCGUAUAAGAAUAUAUAUGAGAAUCAAAAACAGAGAGAGAUUUAAACCCAAGAAGUACUGUUUUUGUAAACGGAAAUUAAAUGCAAUUACGAAGGAGAAACGAAGCUUCCCUUUCAUUGCCGCGAGAUUCGUUCGGAAUCUGAUUUCGUUCGCGCACAUUCGAUCGAAUCCUCGAUUCUCCGUUCUUCUGCGUUCAACGCAGGAAAGGAAUCGCUUGAAUCGUUUAUGUUGCUCGUUCGCGAAUAAGUAGGACGGUUGGAGGAAUUAACGCACGUACAUUUAUUUUUAAGUAUCUCAAAGCACGUAUACGAUUUUUUAUUGAAUCUUACUAAGAUUGCGAAAUUUUGUUAAGUAUGAAAAAAUAUCCUUAGAUUUAGAUGAUGUAGAUGAUGUAGAUUUGUCGUCAUUUUAGAAGAUAAAUACUCGACAUGCGUUUUAUCAUGGAACGACAAUAUCUCAUCUGUAUUUUUAAAACACCAUUCUUUCACGUCAGCGCAACACGCUUUGCGUCAUAAUACAUACGGAUUGAUGGAUUUAUUAAAAAAUCUCUCCUGAAAAUCUCCGACUAAAAUUUCUCGCGAUGUUUUUUCGUAUCGUAAAACCUAUCGAAUCGCGUUAUGACGCAUUUACGGCGUACUUCAUAUCUUGAGAACCACAAGCAUUUCUACGUUUCGCGGAUUACGAGGAACGUGUAUGUAACAGAGUGAGAUAGUGUGUAAGAAUUUUUAAAACGUUUCUAGAGAGGUAGAAAUUUGAGUCGCAAUGUUGUACGUUCUCGAGAGUCACGAAAUUCAUUUAAAUUCGUAAUUCAAUUUUAUUUACUUUUUAAGCGAUCUAAUCUGAAUUGGAACGCGUUAUUCUGCGAUGUAUUAUUUACGAUAUGUAAAUUUACGAAUGUAUGCUUGCUUAAUGCAUUGAAUGUUUCGCAUAUUUACGAAAUUAUGUAUACGUUUCCGGCUAAAUUGUAUCGAUAUAUGUACUUCAAUAAAUAUA